CUCCCCUCCUCGGCAGUUUUUGUUAGUUGCCAAUAGGGAGCCGCUGUGACGCCCGUCAGGUAAGUGUGCCCUCCCAGCACCACAAACGCCGCCGCUGACUCGAGUCGCUUCUGCUGCCUGCCUCCAGGCGGUGUUAUCAAGUGGGUAGGUCACAUCAAUCACCAGGAUGGCCACCGGGAGACCCAAAGCCGUGUUCAUCAUAGAUGGCGCCUACGUACAGGUCAGGUGCACACCCACCUACACCAAACAACACCACAGCCCAGCCACACGAGACGCAUUGGUGUGCAUCAAUCACGACCACCGUGUGUAGCGGUCUGGUGUGUCUGGUGGUACGUGUGUCUGGUUUGGUGUGCUUGGUUGACUGUCUGACUGACUGGCUGACAAACACAUCACACGAAUCAUCAGGCGAAUUACAAGGAGUCUCAGCGUGACCGAUCUGACCUGAUGGGUGAGGUGUUCUGCCACCGGAUGCUCAAGUACGUGCAGGACACCCUGGGCGUCGACAACUCACAAACAUUCUACUACGACGGAGACCCCGACAAAUGGUAGGUAUACAUGUGAUGUGAUGGGCCACACACGCCUACCACAGAGAUAGCCUGGCCUCGGUCAUCUAUCUGCCUGUGGUGUCUGUCUGUCGUAGGUACUCGAAGGUGACUCGUGGCAGGGGUCGUGAUGCAGACCGCCAGAAGCGCACCGAGUUCCACAGCUUCCUCAGGCAGCAGCGCAUCAACGUGCAGCUAUUUGACUUCAAAAAGCAGGGCGUCGGCUACAGCGACACCACCGGCGAGAAGUCACAAGGUGGGCGGGCGGUGACGCAGCAAUCGGUUCACGUCUGUAGUGUCGACCUCUGUGUGUGUGUGUGUGGUGUUGGCGUCAGGUUGGGUGCAGCGCGGGGCUGACUGUUCCAUCGCUAUGAAGAUGCUCGAGACGGCCUACGGUAUAUAUGCCGGCGCACCUGUCGCUCACAGUCACAUUGGUUGCCGAUCUCUCUGUGUUUGGUCUGGCCUCUGUGUGUCAGAGAAUUCGCCCGACUUCAUCCGUGCGGGGCAGCCGGCAUCUCCGACGGCGGCCGAUCAGGGCGAGAGCAGCAGCAGCCAACACGCACCGCCCGACAUCAAGAUGAUAGUCCUGUAAGUAACCAACCUUACGAACGAACAGAGAGGCCUGAUGUGUGUCAGGUCAGGUUGAUCCGAUCCAUGUAUGUGUUGUUGACUGGGCUGGUUGUGUCAGGUUUGCGGGUGACUCGGACUUCUCUGAGGCGGUUGACAAGUGCCGCCAGCUCAAGCUGAGAGUGGCCAUCGUCGGAUACUCACACUCCAUCUCGUAAGCUAAGCAGGCAAACCACCCCACCCAUACACACACACACACACACACAGAGAGGCGAAGCACAGCUGAGCUGCCCAUGUGUGUCUGUGUGUGUGUGUCUGUGUGUGUGUGUUGUGCAGCGGUGAGUUGAAGACCAAACCCAAGGAGGUGCGGAUCAUCGAGUUGGACCAGCCGCCCCACUGCCACCAGUGGCCCACAUACAGCAUACCCAAGGACAAGACAACAACACAGCAACAUCAGCGCAAGAACCGCAACAAGCACAUCCAAAACGCCAGCGACGGCCCCAUCGACCUCACACAAGCCGACAACAACGGCGCACCCACAGCAGCAGCUGCAGCAGCCGCCCCCGCCUACCAGCCCAUCCCUCCCCUCCCUCCCCUCCUGCGCCCCCCCUUACCCUUCUCAUACCAGCAGCAGCAGCAGCAGCACACCAGCCCCAUGUUUCGCCCGGUCGGCAGUGGGCCGGGUGGCGUCGCUGACGCCAGUCCGAACCAGCCAGUGGCACAGCCCCGCGGCGGAUUGGCACAACAGCUCGAAAAGGAUCGCACUGGCGACCUGGGGGCAGGGCCGCCGAGGGAUGGUGCUGGGGCAGCUGGGGGCAUGAUGGACGUCUCGGCAUCUGGAGGCGUGGCUGGUGGGGGUGGUCGUCGGCCGCCCGUGUCGCCCGACUCGCAGCCGCUGCCGAUGGCUGGCGUGACUUACACGUAUCAGCCGCCGGACUUCGACUACGACCUUGACGAGGGUAGCAAGAGGGCGCUGACAGAGGUUGUGCGGGGGACCAUGAUGCACACGGCGAUGGGCGACUGGAUGGGGGCGCUGGAGAGCGGCAUCAAGGGGGCCUUCCCGUCGCUGGGCUUCCUGUGCGUCAAGGGCAGCCACAUGGAGAUGACCUCCACCAUGCCCUUCUGCCUGUACCACGAUAACGACGAUCGGGUGAGUGAGCAGAGGAGCAUGUGAUCCACACACACACACACAGCCGUGGCUCUCGGUGGCUUGUGUGUCUGAUCAAUGAAUGCAGUCUGUUGUGGUGUGUCUCUGCACCAAGCACCAGCAGUCCCCCGCUGCCGGAGCGUCCCCCCAGCCCGCUCCCAAUCUGCCGCCCACCUGCACAUUCAAUUCCCGCUUCGCCGCCAAGGACAUCGCUGACAUCCACACCGCCCUUCACAACAUCCUCAACAAAGGCAACGGCGAUGCACAGGAUGCCGAGCCCCUGCCGGUCCCCCGCGACGAGGCCGAGGAGCGGCACCAGCAGGAGCAGAUUUUGGACGAGCUGCUCGACCGCAUUGGCGACGACCACACGGCAGCAGCGGCCAGCCGCCACGGCUUCGAGCUGAGCUCGGACGGCUCUUGUCGGAUCGCCGUGUUCCACGUGAGCGACAGGGCCAUGACGCGGCGCGUCCAGUGGGCCGACUGCCAUGUGCUGGUGGUCAAGUGGGGCAGCUAGGCUGGUGGGGGGUGGCUGGGAGAUUGGUGGGGCGCUGCAUUCAUUGUGUGGCGCGAGCCACGUGGGCGAGAGAUAGAUGAAGAAUGAUUCAUUCGUAUGUACAGAGAGGGGGCCUUGGUUGGUUGGUUGGAUGGAUGGUUGGUUGGUUGGGUGAGAUGGAGAGGUGUUGUGAGAAGAGAAAGGGUUAUUUGUCUCCUCUGCAACGCUGCCUGCCUGGGUGCGUCUGCUGGGUGUGCCUGUUGUGUUGGUUGCGUGCGUUGUGUCCUCCCAUUCAUUCAAUCAUCUUGCGGAUGAACGAGAGGUCACGACGCUGUUCACCACACACUGAUGCACACACCACACCCAACGUCACGCACUGCAGGAGCUGGGCGAUUGAAUGAGGACCGAACUCGUACAUCAUCAGACCCAUUGCAUGACUGCUGUUGCAUCGAGCUGCGAAUCACAUACCUGCCGCUAAGUUCGUUC